AAUGCAUGAUCAACAGGCGAGAUGAGGAGGAGUGCGGGGGAAGCACAGGCACCCUCGUGGGCAAUUUAGGCCAACCUUGCGGGAGCUCUAUUUUUGUGAAGAUGACGGGUAUGAUUUUCAGACUAUGGCUUGACCUUGCAUGUACUUGCAGGCUGGCAGGAUGGCUAGAAAAGCGCGAGGGAGCUGAGGAGCGUAAAGGGGGCUCUUAGAUGGGUGGAAAUAGGGGUCGACGUGGCCCUGAUGGCCCAAGCUCGGCUCUAGGUGCAAUUGUCUCGUGAAGGUCGAGUUUGGUUGCGACAGCUGGCUUCUGUUCUUUCUCUCAAACGCCCUCCAUCCCUCGACAUAGCCAUCUAUCUGCGUCGAGUGCGGGUGAUGAUCCAUACUUGAUCGAAUUGGAUCUUUACGAAUUUCUUCUCGACUUUCCUUGAACGCCUUUUUCUCAUCAUGUCUUCGACGCCGAGCUCCAAGAAGGGAGCCGCGGCUAGCUCCAAAAAGAAGGUCGACGGUGCUGUAGAUCAGACCAGCGAAUACCUUGCACAAUUGAAGACCGAGACCAAGCAAGCAGCCUCCAAUGACUGGGACUACAAGCUGGCUCUUCUUGUCAUCACCGUCCUCGCUUUCGCAACCCGCUUCUACGCCAUUACACACCCCAACCAAGUCGUCUUCGAUGAGGUCCACUUCGGCAAGUUCGCAUCCUACUACCUCCAACGAACCUACUUCUUCGAUGUCCACCCUCCGUUCGGCAAGCUCCUGUUCGCUUUCGCAGGAUGGCUCGUUGGCUACAAUGGCGACUUUUUGUUCGAGAACAUUGGCGACUCAUACAUCACCAACAAGGUGCCCUACGUUGCAUACCGCGCAAUGCCCGCCAGCAUGGGUGCCCUGACUGUUUCGGUCGUCUUCAUGAUCAUGUGGGAGUCUGGUUACUCUCUGCCUGCUUGUGUUCUGGCUGCCGGUCUUGUCCUCUUCGACAACGCACACAUUGGUCAAACCAGACUCAUUCUCCUGGAUGCCACUCUGAUUCUGUUCAUGGCUCUCUCAGUCUUGAGCUACGUCCGCUUCUACAAGCUCCGUCAUGACCCAUUCAGUCGCAAGUGGUGGAAGUGGCUCCUCUUGACUGGUGUCUGUCUCAGCUGCGUCAUCUCGACCAAGUACGUCGGUGCUUUCACCUUCUUCUCCAUCGGUGUUCCAGUCGCCAUCGACCUCUGGUCUCUUCUCGACAUCAACCGCAGACAGGGCGCUCUCAGCCUUCCCGAGUUUGGCAAGCACCUGGCUGCUCGUGUUACUGGUCUGAUUGUCAUUCCCUUCAUGCUCUACCUUUUCUGGUUCCAAGUCCACUUUGCCAUCCUCAACCGCUCCGGUCCUGGUGACGACUUUAUGAGCCCUGAAUUCCAGGAGACUCUCAGCGACAACAUCAUGACCCAGCAGUCUGUCAGCAUCGACUACUACGAUGCGAUCAACAUCCGCCACAAGGACACCAAGGUCUACCUCCACAGUCACCCUGACAAGUACCCUCUUCGCUACGACGAUGGUCGCAUUUCUUCUCAAGGCCAGCAAGUUACCGGAUACCCUCACAACGACACCAACAACCUCUGGCAGGUCAUCCCCUCCACUGGCAACAUUCCCGAAGAGAACGGUCACCGCGUCCAUGUUGGAGAUGUUGUCCGUCUUCGUCAUCUCGUGACCGACACCUGGCUCCUCACACACGAUGUCGCCUCUCCUUACUACCCUACCAACCAGGAAUUCACCACUGUCGGCCACGAUGAUGCCAAUGGCGAGCGCUUCAACGAUACCCUGUUCGAGAUCAGAGUCGACGGCGCAAAGCCUGGCACCGACUUCAAGACCAUGUCCGUCCACUUCAAGCUUGUUCACGUUUCCACAAAGGUCGCCAUGUGGACUCACACCACUCCCCUGCCUGAGUGGGCUUUCAAGCAGGCAGAGAUUAACGGAAACAAGAACGCUCUCCAGACCAGCAACAUCUGGUACGCCGAGGACAUUCCUGCUCUUCCCAAGGACUCUGACCGUGCAAAGAAGGAGCCUCGCAAAGUCAAGCACGUUCCUUUCCUCAAGAAAUACUUCGAGCUCCAGCGCGCCAUGUUCUACCACAACAACGCUCUCACCAGCAGCCACCCUUACGCCAGUGUUCCUAUCCAAUGGCCUUUCCUUCUCCGUGGUGUCAGCUUCUGGACCGACAACGAGACUCGCCAGCAAAUCUACUUCUUGGGUAACCCCAUUGGCUGGUGGUUGGCUAGCAGUCUGCUCGCAGUCUUUGCCGGUGUUCUUCUUGCCGACCAGCUCUCUCAGCGUCGUGGUGUUGACGCUCUUGACAAGCGCGCUCGCAACCGUCUUUACAACUCGACCGGUUUCUUCUUCCUGACCUGGGCUGCUCAUUACGUUCCUUUCUACAUCAUGGGUCGUCAGCUCUUCCUCCACCACUACCUCCCCGCUCAUCUCGCAUCCGCCCUCGUCACCGGCGCGCUCGUCGAGUUCGUCUUCAACAUCGACCCUGUCGACCUCGACGACGUCACCUCCGGCAAUGCCACCCUCACCAAGAACAAGAAGACUGCCACCCAGCAGAACAAGCCCGUCCGUGAGAGAACCGGUCAAUCAAACCUUCUCGGCAUGUGGGCCGCCACUGGUGGUAUCCUGGCCGUCAUUGUCUGGAGCUUCCUCUACUUCGCACCCCUCACCUACGGUCAGCCCGGUUUGACUGUCGAGCAAGUGCAAGCCAGAAAGUGGCUCAACUACGACCUGCACUUUGCCAAAUAGAUGAUCGAAUGAUGAGCGGCGCUAUGUAAGGUUGGAGUUGAAUCACAGGCCUUGUACGACUCUCGAUUCGUAGGACUAGCUUCUUCCUUUUCUUUCCAUUCUUUAUGUUCGCAACCACAAAAUUUCAGAUUCCAUUUUCUCAU